AUGCUAUCUUUUCUUGCUAUCCUGCUCGCUCUCUCCAUUGGGAGUGCCCUAGUGGUUUCAGCACAGGCCUAUCACCAACCUACUUCGAAAGGGUUUCGCAUGCAACAUGGUCUUGAGACCGUCCUUGUGCAGCCUUUUGGCUAUGAUGGCUUUCGAGUACGUGCCUGGCCAUUUCGACCCCCAACAGGAAAUGAGAUUAGCUUCAUUUAUGAUCCUCCACUUGAAGGGCCUGAGGAUGGGGAGGCCCAUGGUUUGAGCUUCGAUACCGCCUUCACAGGAAAUCAAUCCGAAGAGAUUCGCAAUGGCAAUAUAAUUGUGCGUACGUCUGGCUGGGGUGGAAGCGCCGGUGGAUAUCGCCUGGCGUUCUACCGCGUGGAGACAAACGGCUCGGAGACCUUACUCACGAAUGAAUAUGCGCCGCUAAAAUCCAUCAAUCCAAGAUACUACUCAUGGAAUGGCCCUGGCAGCGAGUUUUCUGCCGAAUUCUCCUUUAGCACGACAUCUAAGGAGCAGAUCUAUGGAACUGGGACCCAGCAGGAUCAUAUGGUCAACAAAAAGGGAACGACCAUUGAUCUCAUCAAUUUUAAUGGAAAUAUCCCAACCCCAGUCUUCAUAAGUAACCAAGGGUAUGGCUUUAUUUGGAACAUGCCCUCGACCGGUAGAAUGGAAUUUGGCCAAUUGCGUAACAGAUUCACCGCAGACGCAGCAACAGUAGUUGACUACAUCAUAGUAGCUUCAUCGCCUGGUGACUAUAACACACUGCAGCAACGUCUUUCCGCUCUCACUGGACGAGGUCCGAUUCCACCAGACUGGUCACUUGGCUAUAUCCAAUCUAAGUUACGCUAUGAAAAUCAAACAGAGGUGAUUCUUCUUGCCGAGGAGUUCCAGUCUCGUCAAAUUCCAGUCUCGAUGAUUGUCAUCGAUUACCAGUCAUGGGCCCAUCAAGGUGACUGGGGCCUCGACCCGCGUCUAUGGCCCGAUGUGGCUGUAAUGGCGCAGACAGUCAAGAAUCUCACAAAUGCCGAGAUGAUGGCAUCCUUGUGGCCAAGUGUGGAGGAUAACAGCGUGAACUAUGCUGACCUAAUGGCGCAAGGAUUCCUGUCUGCUACUCGAUCCGGCCCCGGAACAACAGACUCGUGGAAUGGAUCCUACAUCCGCAACUAUGAUUCAACAAACCCAGGCGCCCGGUCCUUUUUGUGGAAUACCCUGAAAAAGAAUUACUUUGACAAUGGAAUCAAAAACUUCUGGAUUGACCAGGCCGAUGGAGGGGCUCUUGGCGAGGCAUACGAGAAUAAUGGUCAGAGCAACUAUAUUGAAUCCAUCCCAUUUGCUCUUCCAGAUGUGCUAUAUGCCGCCGGUACGCAAAGCAGCGUCGGCAAGCUAUAUCCAUGGGCCCAUCAGCAGGCAAUAGAAGAGGGGCUCCGAAAUGCGACAUCUACUGAGAUAGGAACCCCGUGUGACUAUCUUUCUCUAAGUCGUUCAGGCUUCAUCGGCUCCCAACGAUUUUGCAGUAUAAUCUGGUCAGGCGACACUACUUCUGUCUGGGAAACUCUUGGUGCACAGGUAGCUAGCGGUCUAUCUGCAGCGGCAACAGGUUGGGGCUGGUGGACGUUGGACGCCGGUGGCUUCCAAGUAGAUUCAACUGUGCCUUGGAGCGGUAAUAUUGAUACCCCAGAAUAUCGUCAACUUUACGUCCGAUGGCUACAAUGGACAACUUUCCUGCCCUUCAUGCGCACACAUGGUUCCAGAGCUUGCAACAGCCAGUAUGCCUACACAUGCGCCAAUGAGCCGUGGUCAUAUGGCGUAGAGAACACUCCGAUCAUCGUUUCUUACAUCAAUCUUCGCUAUCAGCUGGCUUUAUACAUCCGUGAAAUAUUUUCUCAGUUUCACAAGACCGGCCGUUUGAUCAUGCGUCCGCUCUACAUGGACUUUGAGACUUCAGAUCCCCGGAUUCCAGACUUGACACGGGAGAACAGCAACGUCACAACCCAACAAUACAUGUUCGGUCCACGGCUAUUGGUUACGCCUGUCACCCGGCCAAAUGUUACCGAAUGGUCCGUCUACCUACCCCAGACUACAGGUGAUGAGGCGAAACCAUGGACCUACUGGUGGACCAACCAGACCUAUGCAGGGGGUCAGACAGUCACCGUGCCUGCCCCGAUCCAGCACAUUCCUCUUUUCCACCUCGGAACUAGGUCUGAUAUUGUGGCUGGCAACGUAUUUUCUUGA